AUGAAACCAUUUCGCCUCUAUCAGAUCGACUCUUUCACUCGUGAGCGGUUCACCGGCAAUCCCGCUGGGGUUGUACCAGAUGCUACAGGCCUUUCCGAUGUGCAAAUGCAAGCAAUAGCGCGGGAAAUGAAUGUUUCCGAAACAGCCUUCAUCUUCCCCGACAAUGCUUCAUCGGACAUGACAGUGAGGUUUUUCACGCCUACAACUGAAGUUCCAAUUUGUGGCCACGCCACCGUUGCUGCCCACUGGGUCCGCGCUUACGAGGGUGCAGCAGACGGCACUUAUAAUCAGAAUACCGGGGCGGGAAUUUUGCCAGUAGCGAUUGAGCGCGGCAAUGGCGGCGCAACACGAAUAUGGAUGACGCAAAGGCCUGCUGAGUUCAAGGCGCCCGUUGAAGAUACGGUAAAGGAUGAAAUCCGUUCUGCUCUGGGUGUUGCAGAGCUCUCGGCGAUCGGGCCCGUUCAAAUCGUUUCUACCGGCCAUAGCAAAGUCAUGGUGCCGCUACCUUCAAUUUCCAUCCUGCAGGGACUGAAGCCGGAUCUUGCCGCGCUUUCUCGCAUAAGCGAGCAGAUUGGCUGCAACGGCUUCUUCGCUUUUGUACUAGCGGAUCCAGCUGAGGACGUCUUCGCGCACGGUCGGAUGUUCGCUCCUGCGAUCGGCAUCCCAGAAGACCCUGUAACGGGUAAUGCGUGUGGCCCUCUAGGCGCUUAUCUCGUCCAGCACGGGAUUGUCGCUUUGGAUGAGGGAAAGAAAGUUGAGAUUACUGUGCGUCAAGGCGAAGCCAUGGGUCGACCUGGCCUCGUGAAUACGGAAAUUCGCCGCGUGGGCGGCACGCUCGGGGUUCGCAUCGCAGGCGAAGCUGUUCUUGUCUUUGCUACGACGCUUGAGUUAUAG